UGCAGACACAACUACAGGGUGUCUGGAUUCCUGGUGCCUCGGCAAACUGAGCCCACAGUGACCGUGUAUCCUGCAAAGACCCAGCGCCUGCAGCACCACAACCUCCUGGUCUGCUCCGUGAACGGCUUCUAUCCGGGCCACAUUGAGGUCCGCUGGCUGCGCAACGGCCAGGAAGAGGAGGCCGGGGUGGUGUCCACGGGCCUGAUCCGGAACGGGGACUGGACCUUCCAGACCCUGGUGAUGCUGGAGACAGUUCCCCGGAGCGGGGAGGUCUACACCUGCCAAGUGCGGCACCCCAGCAGCACCAGCCCUGUCACCGUGGAAUGGAGUGAGACGCCUUCUGACCUCACAUGCUUUCCCCUCCCCCCACAGGACCUUAGCUUGUCCCUGAGGGUCAGGGUCCCCUCUCCCCACACCUCGUUUUCCUUUGCUCCUGUCUUUCCUUCAGCACAGGCCACAGGGUAGCCCUGUGAUCGCUUCUGUGGACACCCAUAGCCCUGGGAGGCCGCUAUGCCUGCCCUGCUUUGAAUUUCCCACACUCUCCCAGUCAUGGUG